GUAGCGACCACGCGACCAGGCAGCAGACUGGAUGUCGUCGCUGAGGAAUUUCCGCUACCUCCCCCGCUCUUCGGUACCGCAGCGGAAGACGCGGACGUCAUACUCAGGAGCAGAGAGGGAGCGGACUUGUACGCGCACGCGAUCAUGCUCAAACGGGCAUCACCCGUGUUCGCGAGCAGCCUGAGCGAGCUUACGGCUGAGAUUCCCCUGAUCCAUAUUGAUGCCGAGGGACGGACGAUUGAUAUGCUAUUGCAGUACAUCUAUCCUGACUGCAGACCCGAAGUCGGCUCCGACUUCGACGCGUUCCUUGCGGUGCUCCAGCUUGCGGUCGUGUACCAAGUGGGGCACGUGAUGCAGAUCCUGCGCAAGAUGCUAGUUACGCCGGAAAUGCUUACUCAGUUCCCGAUCCGCAUCUACGCUGCUGCAACGCGUUGGAGGUUCACAGCGGAGGCGGAGAUCGCCGCUGAAGCGACGGGGAGGCUGGAUCUAGCGCGGGCCAGCGAGAAGGAAGUGGGAAACAUCAGCGCGACCGACCUCGUCAAGCUUAUGGGGCGCCAUGUGAGGAGGAAGAGUGAUAUUCUGGAGGCGCUCAAGGGGUGGAAGUCGAGCUUAUGCAAGACAUGCCAGAGCAUGCCUGGGGACAGCUGGAGCAUGCGGUACUAUGUCCGUGCGGUGGACGAGGUCAAGAAGCACCCUGCGACGGACGUCAUCUUCAGCGAAGAGUUCAUUAACCAGGAGACGGGCAAGAGCAACUGUCCGGAGUGCGACAACUACUUCGUACUGAGCCAGAGGUUAAAGGACCUGAAGCAAGCCGCGGCGCACAGUAUGCGGCGACAAUCGCCAUCCUACUCCCGCAAGUCCGUUCAGAGUACCGUGUCUACUAUCGCCCCCAUCACCCCGAUCCCCUCCACCCCCCAGCUGGAAAAUAUCUUCUCCGAAGGGGACUGCAUACUGCGCUCUAUCGACUCGCAGGACAUCCGGGUGUACAGACGCAUACUCAUAGAAGCGUCCAUGUUCUGGAAGCACCUCUUCUCCCUCCCCCAGUCCCAGCCAGAUGUAGACCCCGCUGACCCGGAAAGCGCAGUGCCCAUCGUGGACUGCACCGAGCGUGGUCGAACACUCAAACUUCUGCUGCAACUCAUCUACCCCGUUCCCAAGCCAAAAUUCCGCACUUUUGCGCAGAUCGAGCCUGUGCUGGAAGCAGCACACAAGUUCGAGAUGGACGCCGCGCUCCAGCACCUGGCCGGUAUCCUACGCGAAGCCCAUUUCAUACAACUCGAUCCUGUGCGCGUGUAUGCACUUGCGUGUCGGUACGACCUGCCUGAACUCGCCCGACUAUCCUCGAGCUUCACGCUCCGGUCCGACCUCGAGCAGACAGCAGAAGAGUCCGUCUUCGGCCUUUCGGCAAUCUCCUUCCUCCGCCUGCUCCAGUUCCGCGACACCCGGGCAGCACAGAUCACUGCUAUCCUGACCGAGCGUGCUCCCCCCAGCCCAUGCGAACAGUGUAAGAUCGCAUGGGCGUCCAACUGGCUCCGUCUCGCCCUGGAAGAAGUCUGCCGUCGCCCAGUCAGCGAUACCAUCUUCGGCCUGAGCUUCGUGACGAAGAGCUUUGAUGUCGAGCAGGUUCGUCGAAGCUUUGACAGGAUCGGAUACCAUCAGUGCAACAAUAUCUUCAAUAUUGCGGAUCAUGAUUGGCUCCAGGAACUGAAAAAGAAGAUCGAUAUGCUCCCCGAGUCACUCGACCCGUGAUCCUUUGAUACUGUACAGCAGGAUCCACUCGAUCCAGCUCCAAAAUACCGACAGUCUCGGCUUCGUCAGCCUUUCCUUUCCCCACAUUCUGCUAUCUUGGCUAUCACAUUCGUUCUGUUCUCGUUCUCUUUUUCUUAUUGGGCCUCUAGUCUGCAUUCGUUUCUUCUUAACAUAUGUUCUGCUAUGUGCACGUCAUUCCUUGUUCUUUCCGCGUGCUUCCUGAUUCCCCUCGCGGUACUGUCUUACUAUCCUAUUACCCACAUGAGGUACAUACCACACAUCCUCUCCGCUCUCUCUCUCUCUCGUAUCCUUU